UUACUCCUUGACUUCUUGGACAUUUAAAACACAUCAUAAUGUGUCUCUAUAUAUUUGGUUGGAAAUCCCCUUAUUGAGGACCAAUUAUCAUUCAUUCUAUAUAGAGAAGCCAAGUUAAGAUGGAGAGAAGACGCCCAUGGUAUCAUGUAAGAGAGAGCCAUUAGACGAACAGCUUACUCAAGGCUUCCAGUGAAAUGCAGCUCAGAAAACAAGAGAUAUAAACAGAACGUUUGCCCUGGUUCUGUUUACCUACACCACCCCCUGGGGAGUGUAUCUGCUUGGAUUCUUCAUCAUGAAUCCUGCCCAGCUUCACAUUUUAAAACAUCGAGACCAUAUGAAAGACCUCCGAAGGUACCUGGUGUUCAAAUACAUCCAAUAUCUAGUCCUACCUUCUCCAAAUACCAUCAUCACUCUACUGGGAUUGCUUGCCAGUCUGUAUGUUAUGCUGAUACUGACAUUUCCUUCUGUAUCCAGAAAAUCCACUGUGGUGUUUAUUAGUAACAUAGCUCAGGCAGACAUCUUAGCUGGCUGCAGCAUUUUGUCUGCCAUUACAACAGGUAUGAUAAGGAGUGAAACAUCUUCAGCUUCUUUUCAAUCUGGCUUGAGGCAGAAUUUCCAAAUAGCAAAUGUACAUGCCAGUUCCCUGUUACUCAGCUGUGUUAGCCUUGAGGCUUUUCUGAUUACCUUUCUUCCAGUAGAGACACGCCACAUAAGGAAUGUUAGAUGUGCCAGAGUAGCUUCUAAGAUCAUCUGGACUGCUGUAAUUACUGAGUGUUUCCUUUAUCAGCUUGAAUGCAUCAAAUGUCUUGACAUCUCUCAUAGGCAAGUUCAGCUAUUGUUGAAUUUCUGUUAUGAUACCACAGCAUGGCUGAAAUUGCUUAUUUACCCAAUUGGAAUUCUUUUAAGAAUCUUCAAUGUAUAUCUUUUUUAUAAAAUGUAUUUCUGAGACUGUUGUAGUUAGUUUGUUAGGAAUGUAAGAUGUGGUGUUCAGUUGUUUUAGCAAACACUCAUAUUUAAUGGGGCUGUGAAGACGUUUCACAGAUACAAUUAACUUUUAACUUGUUACUAUUAACUUAAAGAGACUAGCAUCAGUAGUGAAAAUAGACCUCAUGUAAUCAGAUGAAGGCCUUGAGAGAACUGCACAGGUUUUCCAGCAAAAGGAAUAUUUCCUGAAGACUGUUAACUUGAGGAUCCAAGCUGUUGCCUGCAAUGCAUAUUUCAGCCUCAAGACUACAGCACCUGUGUUCCUGAUGAUCCCGCUUUGUGACUCUGAAAAACUAUGUAAGACAGUUAACUUCAAAGAAAGAGAAAAAUGCAACCUGCUCAGUUUGCAUGAUGUCUGUAUAAUGUAUGAAUAUUUUCAGGGCUGACAAUUUAGUACUGGAUAACCAAUCAGCUUGCUCCUCCCUGGGGAAGACUAUCUCUCCUGCUCUCAGCAUCCCUUAGUUGCCUGUAGUUCAUAAUGUAGGUGUGAGGUCUCAUGGGCUUUCCCCUUGCACAUUAGCAUAUCUGUUGGUGUCAUUGUUGUUCAGUUAAUGUUCAGGCAGUCAUGUAGGUGAGACUUCAUGGAUGUAGCUUCUGACAUUCCUAGAAGAGACAGUCUCUUGGAAAACUCCCUUAACUUCUGGCUCUUAGAAAUUUUUCACCUUCUCUUCUGUAAUUACAACUGAUGAAAAAAGAGUCUUUGAAUUGAAAGAGAGCAAGGAGGAGUAUAUGGGAGGGUUAGGAGGGAGGAAAUGGAAAAUACUGUAAUCAUAUUAUAAUGUCAAAAUAAAAAAUAGAGAAUGUCA